UGAGCCAAGAUUGCGCCACUACACUCCAGCCUGGGCAACAGAGCAAGACUCCAUCUAAAAAAAGUACAAUGAGUAGCUUGGUGGAAAAGAUGCAUGGGGCAAGGCAUGUAGGAAGGGGUUCAGAGCCUCCAGACCCUCCCUGGGCUUGCCACCUUCCAGGUACCCCCAUGUGUUCAGCAGCUGGAAGCUUUUCAAAUCCUGUCCUUUUAAAAAAAGUAUUCAUAUAUAAUAGUUGUACAUGUUUUGGGGUACAUGUGAUAUUUUGAUACCUAUAUACAAUAUGUAAUGAUCAAAUCAGGGUAACUGGGGUGUUUAUCACCUCAAACAUUUAUCUUUGUGUUGGGAACAUUACAAUUCUAUUUUGAAAUAGACAAUAAAUUAUGGUUAACUACAAUUUCCCUACUGUACUGUCGAAUACAACAACUUAUUCCUUCUAUCUAAACUGCAUUCUUUUGGGCUUCUAUGGAGUCUUCAUAUAGAGGCAUGAUUGAUGACCUCAUUGGCCACUGGUGAUCAGUUCAACCUUCAGUCCCUCUCUCCUUCCAGAGGUAGGGACUGGCGCUGAAAGUGCCAACCUCCAAGCACAAGGUUGGCUCCCCUGGUAACCAGCCCCCCUGGUAACCAGCCCCUAUCCAGAGCCCAUCCAGGAGCCUCAUCCAUUAGUCAUCUCAUUAGCAUAUAAAAAGACCCCACUUCAGAGUUUCCAAGGGUUCUAGAAGUCGUGUGCCAGGAAACCAGGGCAGAAACAGGAUAUAUAUAUCUUAUUAUGUCGCAGAGUCCAGUAAAAUACUUUAGCUGGACCACUUAUUAUCCCUUUUAGUGAAACAAAAGUAGUAAUUAACAGUUAAUUUUACACAGCAGCUCUAAUAAGCGCUUGAUAGUUUCUGUAAAAUAAUUUAUUGGGUUUUCCCUUAUUAUAAAAGCAAUAUAUAUAAAAGAAACCUUAGAAAGUUAGGCAAGAACAUAAAAACCACCUGUAUCCUACUUUGCUGAGAUAACUGUUACUCUUGUGCUGUUUAUCUUUCCUUCCAGACAUUUUUUGCAUACUUACAUAUAAAUAGGACCUUGCAGUACUCAUCGCUUAACAAGAAGUCAUGACAGAUUUGUGCAGCCUGCCGGGGGAGUGGGUGGGGUGAUGGUACAUGGCUUCUUCACCCUCAGCCCCUGGAUUUUUCAGGUGGCUUCUCUUCCUGAUCUCAAAGCCACACUCCAGCUAAGAAAGGUCUAGUGAAGACAGUGAAGAAGUUCGGAGCUCAGCAAGGGUGGGGAAGAAGAUGCAAGAGAGAGGUGGAUGGAGUGGAUUCCAUGAACAGGUGGAGGUGCUGGAAGGGAAACAGUGCUGGCCUGGCCCUGUCUCCACAACUCUGCCUCCUUUUACAGGCAUGGCCCUUUCGGUGUUGGUGCUCCUGCUUCUGGCUGUACUGUAUGAAGGCAUCAAGGUUGGCAAAGCCAAGCUGCUCAACCAGGUGCUGGUGAACCUGCCCACCUCCAUCAGCCAGCAGACCAUCGCAGAGACAGAGACAGACGGGGACUCUGCAUGCUCAGAUUCAUCCCCUGUUGGCAGAACCCACCACAGGUGGUAUUUGUGUCACUUUGGCCAGUCUCUAAUCCAUGUCAUCCAGGUGGUCAUCGGCUACUUCAUCAUGCUGGCCGUAAUGUCCUACAACACCUGGAUUUUCCUUGGUGUGGUCUUAGGCUCUGCUGUGGGCUACUACCUAGCUUACCCACUUCUCAGCACAGCUUAGCUGGUGAGGAAUGUGCAGGCACUGAAGCUGGAGGGACAUGGGGCCCCCUCUUCCAGACACUAUACUUCCAACUGCCCUUUCUUCUGAUGGCUAUUCCUCCACCUUAUUCCCAGCCCCUGGAAACUUUGAGCUGAAGCCAGCACUUGGUCCCUGGAGUUCGGAGGCCAUUGCAGCAAUCUUCCUUCUCGGCCAGCCUGCAUAGGGCCCAGGCAUGGUCUUGUGUCUUAAGAUGGCUGCUGUGACCAAAGGGAGAAUGGAGAGAACAGGGGUGGCAGGGUUACUGAGCCCAUGACAAUGCAUCUCUGUGACUCAAACCAGGAAUUUCCAAAGAUUUCAAGCCAGGGAGAAGGGUUCUUGGUGAUGCAGGGCAUGGAACCUGGACACCCUCAGCUCUCCUGCUUUGUGCCUUAUCUACAGGAGCAUCGCUCAUUGGACUUCCUGACCUCUUCUGUCUUUGAGGGACAGAGAGAGACCAAGCUAGAUCCUUUUUCUCACCUUUCUGCCUUUGGAACACAUGAAGAUCGUAUCUUCUAUGGAUCAUGUUGACAAACUAAGUUUUUUUUAUUUUUCCCAUUGAACUCCUAGUUGGCAAUUUUGCACAUUCAUACAAAAAAAUUUUUAAUGAAAUGGUUUCAUUUUAUUCAUGAUGGAUGGCAGCAGCUGCUGAGACCUAUUUCCCUUUCUUGUGGGGAGAAUAAGUGACAGCUGAUUAAAGGCAGAGACACAGGACUGCCUUCAGGCUCCUGGUUUCUUCUCUGGUAGACUGAGCUCCUUCCACCAGAAGGCACUGCCUGCAGGAAGAAGAUCAUCUGAUGGCCGUGGAUGUCUGGGAAGCUCUUCAUGGCCUUAAUGCCCUCCUUUAUCCUCAUCUUUCUUCUAUGCAAAACAAAAAACUGCAUCUAAUAAUGUUCAAUACUUAAUGUUCUCUAUUUAUUACUUACUGCUUACUCGUAAUGAUCUGGUGGGGAAACAUGAUUCAUUCACUUAAAAUACUGAUUAAGCCAUGGCAGGUACUGACUGAAGAUGCAAUCCAACCAAAGCCAUUACAUUUUUUAAGUUAGAUGGGACUCUCUGGAUAGCUGAACCUCUUCACUUUAUAAAAAAGGAAGAGAGAAAAUCACUGCUGUAUACUGAAUACCUCACAGACUAGAUAGAAAGAUGGUUGUAAGCUUUGGGAAUUAAAAACAAAUACAUUUUAGUACAUAUGUAUUUUUAAAUAUUC